UUCGUUGUAUGAUCGGAUGCGUGCUUUUUAGUCCGUUUUUUUUUUUUUUUUAAACAUUAGAUAGCGUCGGAUUCCGAGUUCGAACAACUUUUCGGGUCAAACAGGAAGCAGAAAAGCUGAAACGGAUAUCGCAACCCCGACCUGUUUUGGGAGCAACACUCGUCGCGCGCGCGCGCACGCACGCACACGGCUCCGUUCAGUAAAUGAGUGUGGCACGGAGACACACCGCCGCUUUACCACUCAAGUGACUCAAAAACUUUCUCUCAGGCGGCUUGCGUUGAGAAACUCCGACUUUCUCAGUCCCUGGGCCGCCUGGAACAAAAUGGGGACGCGGACAGGAGUGCGAAAGUUUUCUGCUUUUAUCCUCUUGAUCCUCGGGUCGCAUCUUAUUCACGUGGCUGAGAGCUCGAAGGUGUGGGAAGAGGUGCCAAUUCCAGAGGAUCUCGAGGUGGCCAGAGUGCCGAGGCCUCAGCGCUACCUUGAAGAUGAUGAAGACUUCGCCGCUGAUGAAGCUUCAGGAGAUUUAAUCAGCGGAGAAGAGGAUGGAAGCACCCCAGAGCCACCAACAGAUGACCUCUCUAUAACAAUUUACUAUCGUGCGCUGGUGAACUUCACAGACUCAUUCACCUACGGGCCUGAGCUUGACGACAUCGAUUCUGCAGCCUUCCAAGAAAUCUCAGCUGCCAUUGUUGACACGCUUGAAUCUGAGUACUUCAGGAUACCAGGAACCCAGACUGUCAAUGUAGUCCUCAUCAAGCAAAUCGGCAAGGAUGUGUUUGUGGAACUGGACGUGGGCUCGGAAGACAACUCUAAUGAAGCCCAGAUCCGAGGUGUGCUUUACUCCGUGGUUAGCGAUGGAUCCAUUGCAUCCUACGUGACGUCUGUCAGGGGCUUCGAGUUUAGACGCCUAGGAGAACCUGAUACCGCCCUCCAUGUGGAGCCUCUAGCUUCUCCAGUGAAGCCCAGUCCGCCUGUGCCCUGUGCCACUGACGAGUUCAGCUGCAGAACCGGAGUGUGUAUACCUCUGAAUUUUGUCUGUGACAACAGACCAGACUGUCCAGACAUGAGCGAUGAGGUUAAUUGUGCUACCGAAGAACCUAUUACUCCUCCCCCCAUUCCUAUACCAAGGACGACGCCAGAUAUUAAAAUCCCCCCACGUCCCGGGCCGUGCCGCGCCGAUCAGUCCACAUGUCAGAACGGACAGUGCAUCUCCCGAGACUACGUGUGUGACGGAGAACGCGAUUGCAGCGAUGGGAGUGAUGAGCUCAACUGUGGAACUCCUUCACCCUGUGAGCCCAAUGAGUUUAAGUGCCAGAACGGCCGCUGUGCUCUCAAACUGUGGCGCUGCGAUGGAGACAACGAUUGCCAUGACAACUCUGAUGAGACUGACUGUCCUGCUAAAAAACCUGGGGACGUGUGCGCUCCGGAGCAGUUCACGUGUCUGAGUGACCAGACCUGCAUUCCUGCCAGCUACCAGUGUGAUGAGGAGCCUGACUGUCCUGACCGCUCUGAUGAGUACGGCUGUGCUGCUCCCGUUGUGACCAGCCCUCCGGAAGAGUCCAUUACAGCAGCGCGGGGGCAGACGGUGACCUUCACUUGCACAGCCACCGGCGUGCCCACCCCCAUCAUUACAUGGAGGCUUAACUGGGGGCACAUUCCAGCCAGUAACAGGAUUACGAUAACCAACGAGAAUGGCCGCGGGACACUGACCAUUCGUGACGUGAAGGAAGGAGACCAGGGCGCGUACACAUGCGAAGCUAUAAAUGCUAAAGGCUUGGUGUUUGCCAUUCCAGAUGGAGUGUUAACCCUGACUCGAGAACCCAGUAACUGUCCUGAAGGACACUUUAGUGUCGGCGGUCGCUGUGUGCCCUGCUUCUGCUCCGGCAUCACCAAGAACUGCCACAGCACCGGGCGCUACCGCAGUCAGAUCUCACUGCGCUUCACCGAGGAGGAGAACUUUAAAGGAGUCAAUGUGUCCUUCCCGUCUCGGCCAGGCACUCCUCCGCCUCUCUCCUCUACUCAGAUGAUGAUUAAUCCGGAGGUGGAGGAGUUCCAGCUGGUGGAUUUGUCUCGCCGUUUCUUGGACCUGGAAUCGUACUGGACUCUGCCACGCCAGUUCCUGGGCAGCAAGGUGGACUCCUACGGAGGUUACCUGAGGUACAAGGUGAGCUACUUGCUGCAGAGAGAAGGCUCAGAGCCAGUGGACAAGCCUGAUGUAGUGCUGAGGGGUAACGGCCACAGACUGAUCUACCGCCGCGGCUCUCCCACAAACCCCAAUGUUAAAAACCAGAGAGAGAUCAAGUUUACUGAGGAAAACUGGCAACACUCAUCCGGGCAGCCGGUGACUCGCGCGGAUCUCCUGAUGACCCUGGCUAACCUGGAGAGCAUCAGCAUCCGCACCAUCUACAACAACCGCAUGGCCAGCGUGGGUCUGAGCGACAUCGUCAUGGACACCACCAGCGGGGUGUUCAGCCUGCAGGGCCAGCCUAAAGAAGUGGAGGAGUGCAGGUGUUCACCCGGUUACUCCGGCCUCUCCUGCGAGUCGUGCUCUUCCGGGUUCGAGCGGGUACCUGGGGGUCCCUACCUGGGCACCUGCGCCGGCUGUAAUUGCCACGGCCAUGCCAGUGCCUGUGACCCCAUCAGCGGACACUGCCUGAGUUGUCAGCACAACACAGAGGGACCACAGUGUGAUAAAUGCCGUCUCGGCUAUUUCGGUGAUCCCAGUCGGGGUCGACCAGAUGACUGUAAGCCCUGUCCCUGUCCUUACACGGAGACGUCUCGCAGGUUUUCAGACACUUGCUUCCUGGAUGUGGACGGUCAGGCCACAUGCGAUGCCUGCGCACCAGGCUACACGGGACGCCGCUGUGAGAAGUGUGCGUCCGGGUAUGUGGGAAAUCCUCUGCAGCCUAACGGCAAAUGCGUUCCAUACAGCGAAGAUCUUACACGAUGUGAUAACAGAGGAACGAUCAGUUCCAGCAGCAGACCAUGCAACUGCAAGGCCAACGUGGCUGGAGCUUUGUGCAACGAGUGUAAGCCAGGAUCCUUCCAUCUAUCCGCUGGAAAUCCAGAAGGGUGUUUGCAGUGUUUCUGCAUGGGAGUGACCAAGCAGUGUGCUAGCUCCACCUGGACCAGACAUCAGGUACGCGGUGGCAUCAAUGGGCAGCUGUUUUCUCUCGCCAACGAAGGCAAUACUCGCACUAUCAGUGACGGCAUCACCCAGAGAGGUGGCGCCGAGGUCGUCUAUCGCUCCUUCACCAGCAUCCCCAAUGACAUCUACUACUGGGUGCUGCCCGAGAGCUUCCGAGGAGACAAGGUGACUGCGUAUGGAGGAGAGCUGCGCUACAAGGUGCGUUACGAGCCUCGCGCCCGCUCAGUGGUGAUCGAAAACAAGCCCGAUGUGGUUCUCCAGGGCAACAGCAUCUUCUUGGAGCACUACUCUCAGACCAAGACGCUGCCCCGAGUCCCUGCCACCUUCACCGUGCCCUUCAGAGAGUCUGCAUGGAGGAGAGCUGAUGGACAGCCGUGCACUAGAGAGCACCUGCUGAUGGCCCUGGCUGACGUCUCUGUCUUCAUGAUCAGAGCUACUUACGCAGACAACAUGGCCGAGAGCAGUGUUGCUGAUAUCCAGAUGGAUAUUGCUGUGCCACAUUCCACCGGGAACGAGAGGGCUCUUGAAGUGGAGGAGUGCGCCUGUCCUCAAGGCUACAGAGGCCCGUCCUGCCAGGAUUGUGAUGUGGGAUAUACACGCACAGGAUCAGGCCUCUACCUUGGCACCUGUGAGAAGUGUGAGUGCCAUGGGCACGCUAGUAGCUGUGACUCAGAGACAGGCGCAUGCUUGCAAUGCCAGCACCACACAGUUGGGCCCAGAUGUGAAAGCUGUCUCGUUGGUUUCUAUGGUGAUCCAGUGACUGGCGGUGUACACGCCUGUAGACCAUGCCCUUGUUUUGGACCCGCCUCUGGAAGCAGCGAGACAAAGUCUUGCUAUUUAGACACAGAUGGACAGCCUACUUGCAAUAACUGUCCUGUUGGUUAUAGUGGAAGGCGCUGUGAGAGAUGUGCUCCUGGAUACACCGGCAAUCCUGAACAUGGACAGAGCUGCACUCCAGGAAGCGAGAGAUGCCAAAACUGCGACCAGCGAGGAAGCGAAGGCUGCAGUUCAAACGGGAUCUGCCGCUGCAAGAUGAACGUGGAGGGUCCUUCAUGCUCCAGCUGCAAGCCUGGCGCGUUCCACCUCAGCCCUGCCAACAAAGAUGGCUGCCUGGCGUGCUUCUGCAUGGGAGUCACUCAGCAGUGCUCCAGCUCUUCCUUGUACAGAGAUGUUAUCACCACUGUGUUUGCCCCCGGAAACGCUCAAGGCUUCGCUCUUGUUAACCGGCAACGCACCAACCGCAUCAGUAAUGGCUUCUCGGUGGAGGUGUCCACAGAUGGAACACAGCUUUCAUUCACCAACUUUGACCACCACAGCCAGGAGCCUCACUUCUGGCAGCUACCUUCCAGCUACCAGGGAGAUAAGAAGCAGACUCACAUUAAACGAUUGAAACGCUCACACAAGUCAUUCAGCGCUGAUGUGCGUAAACUCGACGACGAAAUCUGGGAUCUCAUCAGCAACUUCUCGCAGGGACCGCCUGCCUCCUUCUUCUCUUCAGCUUCCAGUUCUACCUCCUCCAUUCCAACUAGAACCUCUGGUUCAGCAGGUCAUUCAGGUGGCCGUGCCCCCAUUCCUCCUUUACCCCAUUCAGCCUUACAAGCCUCUGUAAGGGCCUCUGGGCCCCACCAUGGUGCACCAGGCCAUUCCCCCCGUCUUACCACAAUCAAGGAUAAGCUCAGAAAAAACACAGUGGAACUAUCCAAUGCUGCUCCGCCCGGCUCCUCCAACAAGUACUCUCUGGUCUACAAAGGUUUUAGCUUGCACUCGGAGGAUGUGCUCUUCUGGAAGCUUCCUGAGAAGUUUCAGGGGGACAAGGUUCAAGCCUACGGAGGAAAGCUCAAGUACACCAUCUCAUAUGUGCCUGGGCCGAGGGGCGCUCCAAUAGAGGAUGUAGAUGUUCAGAUCAUUGGCAAUGACAUCACCCUAGUGGCUCGACAGGAUUGGUCAAGGGGGCUGGGGACAAGAGAGACCCGUAACUUUGAGUUUAUCUUCCGAGAAGAGUACUGGCAGCGUCCUGAUGGCAUGCCCGCCACUCGGGAACACCUGCUAAUGGUGCUGGCCGACCUGGAUGACAUCCUGAUCCGAGCCUCUUACCACACAGUCAUGCGCUCCUCCAGCAUCUCGGGGAUCAGCAUGGAGACUGCCGUGCCUCACUACACCGGCCUGGAACGAGCUCUGGAGGUGGAGCAGUGCCGCUGUCCGCCCGGGUAUCAGGGUCUGUCCUGUCAGGACUGUGCACCAGGCUACACCCGCACAGGUGGAGGACUCUACCUCGGCCACUGUGAGCCGUGUGAAUGUAAUGGUCAUUCUGACUCCUGCCACCCAGAGACUGGCACCUGCACGAGCUGCCAGCAUAACACCAUGGGUGACCUGUGUGAGCAGUGUGCUGCUGGUUUCUUUGGAGACGCCAGUGCUGGAACCCCAGAAGACUGUCAGCCCUGCGCCUGUCCCCAUACUGACCCAGAAAACCAAUUCUCGUCCACUUGUGAGAGUCUGGGUAAUGGAGACUACCAGUGUACAGCCUGUCAGCCGGGCUACACGGGCCAGUAUUGCGAGCGGUGUGCACCUGGGUAUGUUGGAAAUCCACAACAAAGGGUCAAAUGCCGGCCGUACGAUGCAGCUGCCUCUCUGGUGGUGAGGGUGUACCCCGAGAGGGUGCAGGUGUCCCAGGGCAGCUCAGUCACCCUCAGGUGCCAGGGGUCUGGACCUCAACCACACUAUUUCUACUGGACACGUGAUGAUGGCCGUCCCAUCUCCAGCUCCGCCGAGAGACGCAGACAAGGAGAAGAGUUGCAUUUCUCCAGUGUGCAGCCCUCUGACGCUGGCGUAUACACGUGCACCUGCCGAAACCAGCUCAACACCAACCGCAGCCGGGCUGAGAUCAUCGUAACAUCUUCUCCAUCCAAACCUAUUGAGGUGUUUAUUGAGGAGCCUAAAUCCCAGACUGUGAACCCAGGAGCUACAGUGAACUUCAUCUGCACAGCCAAGAGCAAAUUCCCAGCAUACACGCUCGUGUGGACACGUCAGGGCAGUGCCAAGCUCCCGGACCGCGCUAUGGAUUUCAACGGCAUCCUCACAAUCCAGAACGUUCGACCUGAAGACGCCGGGGUCUAUGUGUGCACCGGCUCCAACAUGUUCGCCAUGGACGAGGGCAAUGCCGUCCUCUAUGUCCCAGACGGAACUAAGGCUGAGAUGUUUUACACAGCCUAUGAAAUGUUUGAAGGACAUAGACAGCCUGGCGAAGUAACGAAGCCCACGGUCACGAUCCACCCUGCAGUCCUCACUGUCCACCAGGGCCAACGCGCUGAGUUCCGCUGCACCGCCACUGGCAGCCCAGCACCUUCAAUUGAGUGGACAGGAGGUCCGGGCAACCGUAUUAGCAGCAGAGCCAUCAUCCGAGGCGGCAUUCUGACCUUCCCAUCUGUGCAGCGCUCUGAUGAGGGCGACUACACCUGCAGAGCCCUCAACACACACGGAGAACAUACAGUCCGGGCGGUCCUCUAUGUUUACAGUUCACCUGCUGAUGAGGCUGUGAAGCCCACAGUCACAAUUCAACCAUCUGUACUCAGAGUCCAACAGGGCUCACGUGCUGAGUUCCGCUGCACAGCCACUGGCAGCCCGGCUCCUUCCAUUGAAUGGACAGGAGGCCCAGGAAACCGUAUCAGUGGCAGCACCAUCAUCAGAGGUGGGGUUCUCACCUUCCCAUCUGUUGAGCAGUCUGAUGAGGGCGAGUACACCUGCAGGGCCCUCAACGCACACGGAGAACAUGCAGCCCGCGCAGUCCUCUACGUCCAGCGUUCAUCUGCUGUCGAGGUGACGAAGCCUACAGUGACGAUCUCCUCGCCCGUGCUCACUGUCCAACAGGGCCAACGUGCUGAGUUACGCUGCACCGCCACUGGCAACCCAGCUCCUUCUAUCGAGUGGACAGGAGGUCCAGGCAACCGUAUCAGCAGCAGCGCCAUCAUCCGAGGCGGAGUUCUCAUUUUCCCCUCUGUGGAGCGCUCUGACGAGGGCGAAUACACCUGCAGAGCCUUCAACACAUACGGAGAACAUGCAGCCCGGCUGGUCCUCUAUGUCCAGAGUUCAUCUGCUGGCAUCGUGACGAAGCCCACAGUGACCAUCCACCCGCCUGGGAUUACCAUCCAGCAGGGCCAACGUGCUGAGUUCCGCUGCACCGCCACUGGCAACCCGACUCCUUCAGUUGAGUGGACAGGUCCAGGUAACCGUAUCAGCAGCAGCGCCAUCAUCCAAGGUGGAGUUCUGACCUUCCCGUCUGUGCAGCGCUCUGACGAGGGCGACUACACCUGCAGAGCUGUCAACAUACACGGAGAACAUACAGCCCGGGCAGUUCUCUACGUUCACAGUGCCAGUCUACCCCACGUGCAGGUGAGCCCCCAGCGGGUGGAGAUUCACGAGGGUGAGACUUUACGCCUCUACUGCAGAGCUGGAGGCUCGCCCAGCCCGGGUCUGACCUGGAAAAAGAGAGGUGGAACUCUCCCUCCUCAGGCCAUUCCCUCUCACGGUUUCCAUCAGUUUAAGUCCAACAGUCUCGAUGUGUUGCAGAGACGUAUUGACGAGAUGCAGGCUCGAAUGGAGCGCACUGACUACGGCACUCUACUCAUCCCCGACAUGAAGGUUUCCGACGCCGGCACAUAUCUGUGUAUCGGCACGAACGCUGUCGGCUCCUCUGAGGCUGUUAUCGACGUCACUGUGAUUAAAGGUGAGACCGUACCCUCUGAUGUCACCAUCCAAAGCACAACUGGCACUGUGGUGCAGGGAGAGAUGCUGGAACUGAACUGCAUCGUCCAAGGAAACCCUCCACCUUCUGUCAUAUGGAGCAGAGCCAAUGGCUUAGGCCUCUCUUCUAACCACCAGGUUAUCGGAUCGAAGCUGCGUAUUCUUCAGGCGUCCCCGGACGACUCUGGAGAGUACAUCUGCAGGGUGUAUGGAGGCCCACACACUCGCCAAGCAUCCAUCUACGUCUCUGUUACCUCCGAGGCUGUCCGUCAUCAGAGCCCAAUCAUCUCCAUCGAGCCCCACAGCAUAGUAGUGAAGAAGGGCGAGUCGGCCAGCUUCAGGUGCCGAUUACACACCGGAGCACAGCCUGUCCGCCUGGAGUGGAAACUUUCUACUAACGAGCCUUUCCAAGAUAAUGUGAAUGUCAGUCCAGAUGGUUCAGUGUUCACCAUUUCCAGCGCUCAGCCAGUAAACCAGGGUGCAUACCGCUGUGUGGCCAGCAACCCCUACGGAGUCACGCACAGCAUUGCAUCUCUGAUUGUCAAAGAACCCCCCAGAGCCACAGUGACACCCACAGGGCCAGUGAGGGUGAAGGUGGGCGAACCCAUUAACCUGGAGUGCCAGGCAGCUGGAGAGCCGCGACCUUCUGUCACCUGGCACAGGCUGGACAACAACCGCAAGACGAUCCUGAGCAGCCCCGUGCCCAUGGAGUCCAACGCUGUCAUGCAGAUUUUGGUUGCACGGCCUGAGGACAGUGGCACAUACAUCUGCACAGCUCAGAACAGCCAGGGCAGAUUAGAGACCCGGGUCGAGGUGAUUAUAGAAGGUGGAGCCCAGGUGCCAACUGUGCCCCGUGCUAUCGUGCGUGAUCCUCUGCUGGUUGUAGUGGAGGGGUCAACUGCGGUUCUACACUGUGAUGCCCACGGAUUCCCAAAACCCACAAUCACCUGGUCAAAGCUCCGUGCACCUCUUCCAUGGAGACAUAAGAUAGUCAAUAACAGUCUGGUCUUGCCCAGCGUGGGACGCCAGGACUCCGGGCAGUACAUCUGCAAUGCCACCAACCACAUGGGCACCAGCGAAGUCACCAUCAUGGUGGAUGUAGAGACACCGCCAUACACCACUACUCUGCCUGAUGACGUAGCGGUGCGAGUCGGUGAGGUCAUCAGACUGCAGUGUCUGGCACAUGGAACACCACCAAUGCGCUUCGAAUGGAGCAAGGUGGACGGCAGGCUGCCGGCCCGGGCUGAGGUGCAGGGAGGAGACCUACAGAUCAACCUGGCUUCCCCAAGCGAUGCUGGAACCUACAAGUGUGUGGCUAGCAACAAAGUGGGCAGGAGCGAGGCUGUAGCUAAAGUGUCUGUACGAUCGCCGUUGUCGGUGCGCGUCUCCCCCCAGGUGGAGGUGAAGGCUCUGGGCAGUGCAGUGGAGUUCACAUGCUCAGCCAGUGGAGGACCAGAGAUCACUCUGGAGUGGCUGAAGGAGGGAGGAACACUUCCACACAAUCAUCACAUUAAAGAUGGAGUACUGAGGAUUGAGAACUUGGCAAAGAGCAAUGAGGGAAUGUACAUCUGCAGAGCAACCACGCUGUUUGGCCAAGCGCAGGAUACCGCUAAGCUCACCAUUCAAGCAUUGCCUAAGGUGAUGAUCAACGUGCGCACGUCGGUGCAGACGGUCACGGUGGGCACGUCAGUGGAGUUUGAGUGCCAUGCCGAGGGCGACCCCGUUCCUACCGUGCACUGGAGUAAAGUGGGAGCUCCACUGCCUGAUCACGUGCAGGUGAAAGGGGCCAUGCUGAGGAUCGAGCGCGUGACUGAGGCUGACGCCGGCCAGUACCGCUGCACUGCAACCAACAACGUCGGCUCCGUUCAGUCUCAAGUGGUCCUUAACAUCCAGUCUUUGCCCCAAAUUGCUGCUCAGCCUGAUACGAAGGAAGUGACCAUUGGCUCGACUGCGAUUUUCCCCUGCAUUGCCACUGGGUACCCCGUUCCAAACAUCACGUGGUCGAAGCUGGAGAACGAACUACCACCCAAGUGUGCGCAAGACGCCCAUGUGCUCACCGUCCCAGAUGUCACCCAUGAGGAUUCUGGCACGUACGUGUGUACGGCAUCAAACAAGCAGGGCAAAGUGCAGGCCUUCACCAAACUCAAAGUGCAUGAGCGAGUGAUGCCGUAUUUCAGUCAGGAGCCUCUGUCCUACCUCAAGCUUCCCACCAUCAAAAACUCCUACAAAGCAUUUAAGAUUAAAAUCACCUUUAGACCAGACAACGUGGACGGUCUCAUUUUGUAUUCCGGAAUGAUCCUGUAUAAUGGGCAGAAGAAGACCAUGGGGGCGGAUUUCAUUUCUCUCGGGCUCGUGGGUGGUCGCCCUGAGUUCAGGUUCGAUGUGGGCUCUGGCAUGGCCACCAUCCGCUACCCCACUGCAAUAAAGCUCGGCGAGUUCCAUACAGUUCAGCUUUACCGUAACGGCACGCAAGGAUCCAUCAUAGUGGACGGUGAAGCUCCCGUCAACGGCACCUCCCAGGGCAAAUUCCAAGGGCUGGAUCUGAACGAGGAGCUGUUUGUAGGUGGCUAUCCAAACUACAGCAUGAUCGCCAAAACGGCAGAGCUCAAUAGCGGCUUUGUUGGCUGCAUUAGUCAGCUAGUUAUCCAAGGGGAUGAAGUUAUUUUCAAGGAUCUGGACAAAAGUUCGACCGGUGUGACUAACUGCCCCACCUGCAAGGAUCACCCCUGUCAGAACGGCGGCGUGUGUAGGGACUCAGUGGCCAGUCUGUAUAAGUGCAGCUGUCUGAGAGGAUUCACCGGGAGCAACUGCCAGCACCUCUCAUCCGAACACUGUCAUCCAGAGGCUUGUGGCCCUGAUGCUACCUGCAUUAACCGGCCCAGCGGUGUAGGCUACGACUGCCGCUGCCACCUUGGCAAAUACGGACACAAAUGCAUGGAUGGCACGCUGGUGACGACGCCGUUGUUUGAUAGUGAUGAGUCGUAUAUUGCGUACCCUCCUCUCACCAACAUCCACAAUGACCUGCGCAUCGACAUGGAGUUCAAACCCAUGGACGAAGAUGGCCUGAUGUUCUUCAUUGGCGGGAAGAAGAUGAAGGUGGAAGACUUUGUCACUCUCUCACUUGUGGGGGGACAUGUGGAGUUUCGUUAUGAGCUCGGCACAGGCCAGGCAGUGCUGCGCAGUCAGGAGCAGGUGUCUAUGGGUCAAUGGCACCAUGUGACAGCGGAGCGCUUCAACCAGGACGGUUUUCUGAAGCUGGACGGUGGGCCUGAGGUCAGAAGGUCAUCUCCUGGGAAGGCCCAGGGCCUCAAUGUCUACACGCCCAUGUUCCUGGGUGGAGUGCCAAUGAAGGACAUCCUGCCCAAACCUGCCAACGUCAGCAUGUUCUAUGAAGGCUGCAUUGGAGAGGUGUCUAUCAAUGGGAAGAAGAUCGAUCUGUCCUACACAUUUACAGAGAGUAGGGCCAUCAGUCAGUGCGUUGACGCCAGCCCGUGUGACCGCAGGCCUUGUCAACACGGUGGCACCUGCAUGCCCAGCGCGGAGUAUGAGUUCCAGUGCCUUUGCAGGGACGGCUAUGAUGGAGACCGUUGCGAGGUGGUGAAGGACACCUGUCUGGACUCGUCUCAGUGUCACAAUGGAGGCAGCUGUGUGAGGGGGCACUGUGUGUGUGCUGCAGGUUACACUGGCAUCUUCUGCAGCGAAGGGCAGGAGGCCAUCGUCCAUGAGGCGCCGUGGAAUUUGGAGGGCAGCGGGGUGAACGAUUCCCCAAUACAAUACGCUGCAUAUUUCCACGAUGACGGCUACCUCAGCCUUCCCAAACCCAUGUUCCCACGCAGUGCUCCUGAGUCACCUGAGACCAUCGAGCUGGAGAUAAACACGCUCUCUCCGGACGGACUCAUUCUGUGGCAGGGGGUGGAAUCAGGAGACCAAGGAAAGGGCAAAGAUUUCAUAAGCCUUGGCUUAAAAAAUGGACACCUAGUGUUCAGUUACCAGCUGGGCAGCGGAGAGGCAGAAAUCCUCUCAAAGGAACGCAUUAAUGAUGGACACUGGCACAAAAUCACUGCAGUCAGGACAGGAAAGCAGGGCUACAUCCAGGUAGAUGACAGGACGGCUCAGCAUGGACAGUCCCCCGGCAGGAGUGUCAUGGUGAACACCAAGGGCAGCAUCUACCUGGGUGGAGCUCCAGACAUGGCCGCUCUCACAGGUGGAAAGUUCUCCUCAGGCACCACGGGUUGCGUGAAGAACCUGUCUCUGCUCAACGCCAGUCCGGGAGAACAGCCAUCGCGGCCCAUCGACCUGCAGCUCCACGCCGAAGACGGCAAAAACGUGCGGCGCUGCUCCUCGUAGGCAAAGACAAUGCAGCGCCACCUAGAGACUGAGAAAAUACUCACACACAUACCGCAGGAGAGACACAGAUCUCAGACACCUACAGGACUGCAAAUGCAUUUCACUUGCAUUUUAACCUACACACACACACACGCAUACAAUACAAGAGACCGUUCUCGCACACAUACAGGAUUACAAAUGCAUUUCACCUCCAUUUUAACCUCCGUACACACACACUUACAGCAAGAGCCAUACAGGGUUCUCAGAGAUAGCCAAAGUGUUUUUGCUUUGUGUUUAACCUGUACACUCACACACACUGAUAUAUUCUCUUGGUGCCUUACUGCUGCCAAAAAUCUUUUUUUUUUUUUUUUUUACUCUGUGCUGCAUAAACCAAAAGAGAGUGAGAGAAAACGCUACAUCUUUCACUAAGUGUUGUAUAAUGAAGGAUGAUUAACAUGGGAUAUCAGUUUACAUAGUCCUGCAGUAGCUUUUUUUUUUUAGCCAUGAUUAAAAAAGAGAGAGAGAGAGAGAAUAUCUAAGGAAAAAAAAAACAUAACAUGCAUUCAUUGAUGGCUCAGAUCAUAUAUGGUCAGAAAUGAUGUUUUUACAGCACUGAAUUUUUAUUUAUAUGCAUAUGAAUAUAUGGAUCUAUAUUAAAUAUUUGUGUCGGGAAGGAUGCUAAUUAACCCUAGCCUGUUUUUCAUCGAGUUGAUUCUAGGUCCUAAUAAUGUGUGUCUGAAGCUUGUGCGCUGAGCUGUGUUUAAUACUUGAAGACUCUGCGGCCUUUCGUUUCCUCUCUGUUCUUUCUGAGACGGCUUAGACACUUCUAGAACACAGGGACGGGGUUUCUGUACACUGGGAAGGUCCUAGCUCCAAAUACACUCCACAUCUCAGGUGACGAUGAAGCAAAAGACAAGAGAAGCGUCGGACGCUGAAACGAGCGACCUUUUUGGGAGAUUUUUUUUAUACGCAGUUUAUAUUUAAGAGAAACCAUCAACCUUCCAUAUGUUAACCUCUAAAUUACUGGUGUAUAUGAAAAAUCCAAUGGUGCUAAACACACUACAAGCACAUACUCUUCUGUCUUCUGCCAAUGACUUGCCUCUGUGUUUCUAAUGUAACAUGUAUUGUAAGUAGCAAAAACCACAAGUUCGCAAUAAAAGUAUUUUUUGCUUAAUGCCAACCUAGAA